UUUCAUCCAAUGUGGCUAUUACAGCCACAUCUGUCGCCAUGGUCUCUUGCUUGCUAGCAUGGCUUGCUCUUUGCAUCACAGAGCCUUUCUCGAUGGUACACUUGAAGAGGGUUUUCCACAAAUUCCAGAGUGGAUUUUAGGGCUGGGCGCAAUGGCGCCACGGACGAGCGAGGUGUUCUACGCGACUGUGUAUCAUCCCAUUCAGGCUGGCAGCAUCGAUGGCACGGACAUUGUCCCUCACGACAAUGGCAUCUACCGGGCUAUGAUCGCCAGGACCACUGGCCUCUAUGAUCCUACUGGCGACGCCAAAGCUCUGGGAGAUCCCUAUCGUACUCUGUUUGUUGGGCGAUUGUCUCGUGACACCACCGAAGAAACUCUCCGAGAGGUGAUGAGCAAAUAUGGGACUGUUAAAAGCAUGAGACUUGUCCGCCAUAUUGUUACCGGAGCUUCUCGGGGCUAUGCCUUUGUAGAGUUUGAGAACGAAAAGGAUUUCUUACAUGCCUACGAGGCAGCCCACAAUAUCACCAUUGAUGGGAACCAGAUCAUCGUCGACUACAAUCGGCAGCAGCUUAUGCGUGGAUGGAUACCGCGCAGACUUGGAGGAGGCUUAGGAGGCAAAAAGGAAUCCGGGCAACUACGAUUUGGCGGUCGCGAUCGUCCAUUUCGUGCUCCGCUACGCGAAAAUAUCCCUCGCGAGGAGCUGAAGAAACUGGGAAUUCCAGAGCCAUCGAACUAUAUGUCGCGGUAUCAGGUGCCUCCUCUUCCACGUAGAAAAUCAGAAGCCCGGGACCGGCACGACAAGAGACCGCGUCACGAAGAACAAACGGAAGAAGACCGCCAUAGAAAAGACGAUAAAAGGAGGAGAGAGGAACACAAGAGGCACGGGAGACACCACGAGCGAAGGCACAGGGAUGAACGCUCGCAUUCUCGCGAGAGAAGCUCGAGAUCUCAUCACUGACGUUAGUUGAACGACCUUUCGCGCUGCCAUGAUGUGAAUUCACUGCUUGGGAUGAUCGUUCUGUGGAAGUUCCUACGAGCACAGGGUAGCUAGUCUGGAAUGGGAAAUGCUUUUGUAUGAACAGAGUAAAAAAGAGAUUUUUACACGGCA